UGGAAUAUAAUUUUUUGGAUGAGCUAGGGCAACAAGCUUAGACAAUUAAGGAAGCAAAACAAGACUCCAAAACUUCCACAUUAAACCUACCAAGCAAGCUAGAUCGCUUCUUUAUUUGCUUUUUCUAUUCAAUUUUAGCUAAACAAGGAUAUGAAGAAAAGGCAAGUAGUGGUUAAAAGAGACAAGUCAAGUAGUACAAGUACUAUUUCUUCUUCGGUUGUGAGGAGUACGGUGAGGUAUGGUGAGUGCCAGAAGAAUCACGCGGCUAAUAUCGGUGGCUACGCAGUGGAUGGCUGCCGCGAGUUCAUGGCUAACGGAGAGGAAGGGACGGUGGGGGCGCUUUCUUGCGCCGCCUGCGGAUGCCACCGCAACUUUCACAGAAGGGAAGAGGAAAACGAGGUGGUUUGUGAGUAUUCUCCAGCUCAAUAAUUCUUCAAUUCUCACCCGGUAGUAAUUUAUCAAUUCUACCUAGUGUGAAUACUUAUUUUUCAUAAAAGAACAAAACAAUAGAUGAACAAGAAGAACGAGUUCUUAAUUUCUCUCUCUCUUUCCGAUCUCUGUGUGUGAAAAGUUCUAAAGUGAUUGUGAGGGGUGUUGUUGUAAUUAAACUAUAUAUGGUCAUCAAACAGAAUACAAACUCUCAAAAUAGAAAAUCAAAAUUUGAUUUCU